GUCAGAAACGCCGCGCGUGUGCCACUCCGCCAGCGCCGGGAGUCGUGCGGCGACCGUGGUCUUCAGCUGACGAACACCGCGCUGUCCUUCCCACCCCGACUCCUACCAUAUCCCCACUUCAUGAGCAGAGCAUUAAUCUGACAUCGCUAGUGGCUGAGAGCCGGUGAGCAAUAUCUGGCAUACAACAUUCCCUCUUAACUGCCAAGCAAGGACUUAAAUUGGACGCUAUACGUGAUGCACGUUAGACGCUAAAACACAGACACGUUUUUAUAUUGAUAUGGCGCUGCAGCAGCGGCACGUCUUACUUGCUUUGAGUAGGUUGUAUGGAAACAUUGCACUAUGUGUCGCGUCCCUAAUUUGUGUACUGACUUCAUUUGUUUACAUUUUCCAAGGAAAUGUGAUUCGAUGGCCGCCAAGGGCGCCAUACUUCGGGAAAACGGUGGGCCCUGUCGAUAACACGCGCAUCCCAGAUUAUCUCAGCGCAUUUAAAACAGCGAAGUCAAAGAAAAUCCUUUUCUGGACACCCUUUUGGACGUCGUAUAGGGACUGGCCGCAUUUCUUUAACGCCAUGACCGCAGGUGAGUGUCCCGUGUCCAACUGUGACCUCACCUUCGAUGCUGAUGAACUCGACCAGGCGGAUGCGGUCGUCUUCCAUUUGAUAGACCUCUACUGGUCCCAAAACAACCUUCCGUCCCGUCGACCAGCUGGCCAGAUCUGGAUCCUCUUCUGCCUGGAGUCCCCCGCCUACCCCCAGACUAGAAUCAUCAACACCACUGUGCUGAAUGGCGUCUUCAACUGGACCAUGUCCUACCGCUGGGACAGUGACAUCCCGGUGCCGUACGGGCUCGUCCUGCCGAGGAACUCGCUGUCAGAGGCCGCUCGACAACACGUGCUGCCAGAGGCGGUACGGCGGUCGCUUCCGCUCAGACCUCAACUGCAGCGGAGCCUGAGCCGGCCCAAGACGAAGCUGGUGGCCUGGAUGGCCAGCAACUGUGACGCACCGAGUCGCAGGUCCGACUACGUCCGAGAGCUGCAGAUGUACAUCCCGGUGGACGUGUACGGCGCGUGCGGACCACUCACGUGUGGCCAGAGGGAGUCAGUGAAGCGGCAGGAGGACGACUCCAACUCCGUCUGUGAGGUCACCAUGGCUUCCUACCGGUUCUACCUCGCCUUCGAGAACGCCCUCUGUCCGGACUACGUCACUGAGAAGUUCUUCAGGACGCUGACGCUUGGGGUGGUGCCCGUGGUGAUGGGCGGUGCGCAGUACUCGAAACUGGCGCCAGAUGGCAGCUUCAUCGACGCGAUGCGGUACCGUCCGCGGCAGCUCGCCCAACUGCUGCUCUACCUGGAGAGCAACAACACAGCAUACGAGGACUUCUUCCUCUGGAAGGAGAGCUACGACAUUGUCAGCGCGCACCCGAUGCGGCCGCUGACAUGUGGGCUGUGUCGCAGGCUUCAUGAGGUCACCCCCGGCUCAUUUGUGGGCACGCAUGAGGAGCUGGAUCGAUGGUUUAGCGCCAGCCAGUGCCUAAACUGGUCCCCAAAUCUUUGGCGAUAGUGGUCACCAGGUCUGAAACAAUAAAUGGUCCACGCGCA